AUUAGACAGUGACAUUUUGGAUUAUUGGCGGCAAGUUUCCCAGUUAGUUGGCACACGCUCUGAAAUGGAGUGUCAGUUGUUCCAUAAAGAGUUCCUGGAAUCUAAGCUGGCCAAUCCUCGAAAGACGGACAAUCAAAAAAAGAAAACCAAAGUCUCAGGUUAGUUUUAAAAAUAUUAAAUUCAGAAUAUACCGAAACUAAUCUUCAUGUAGAAUUAAUAUAAUCCAUCACAUAAUUAUUUUUAAAUAUUCAUUAUACACAAAUUUGUAAUGCCUGUUCUUAUAAAAUAAAAAGAAGCAAUCUAUAUAAUUGCAUACCCCUCCACCUUGUACAUGUUUUCAGACACACUCAAAUGUACAAAUGAGCCACAAAACCAUCCCUUCACACAUACGCACACAGUCAAAUGUACAAAUGAGCCACCAAAGCAUCCCUUCACACACAUACGCACACAGUCAAAUGUACAAAUGAGCCACCAAAGCAUCCCUUCACACACAUACGCACACAGUCAAAUGUACAAAUGAGCCACCAAAGCAUCCCUUCACACACAUACGCACACAGUCAAAUGUACAAAUGAGCCACCAAAGCAUCCCUUCACACACAUACGCACACAGUCAAAUGUACAAAUGAGCCACCAAACCAUCCCUUCACACACAUACGCACACAGUCAAAUGUACAAAUGAGCCACCAAAGCAUCCCUUCACACACAUACGCACACAGUCAAAUGUACAAAUGAGCCACCAAAGCAUCCCUUCACACACAUACGCACACACACAAAGAAAGUAUUCACACUGCUUUUAACUAUUAAAAAAAAAAUUAAAUUCUGUGUGUUAUCAACAAACAUGUCAGAUUUUUGUCAGGCCAAACGAUAGGUCAGUUCCUUACUCUUCUUUCUAAAUGUAAUAUAAUAUAUGCAAAGUAUGGAUUACUCCUGUCAUAUUAUAUAUCUAAUGUAUGGAUUACUCCUGUCAUAUAAUAUAUGCAAUUUAUGGAUUACUCCUGUAAUAUAAUAUAUUCAAUGUAUGGAUUUCUCCUAUCAUUAUGAUAUAUGCAAUGCAUGGUUUACUCAUUUCAAAAUGUUGCCCAGUGUCAGUGAUGUAUUAUGUUUUACUAAUCAUGCGUCCUGUUGAGAAAUCCUUAAUUUCCAAGAGCAUUUUUUUAAAAGAUGUAAAUUAGACACAUUUAUAAAAAUCCAAUUUUUGCUUUGAUCUAAUUAUAUAGAUAAAAUUUUGCUAUUCAUUAAAGUUUGAUUGAAAAUUUGUUAAAAUGUGUACACUUUUCUUGUUAAGUCAGUAAAACUUUGAACUUUUUUGUAGCCUAUUUCCUGACUCUGUGUGACAUAUUAUUAUUUUCUCAAGUUUAAAAAAAAAAUGUUUCAGGAAGGAAAAAAGGAGAACCCAUCAAAGGGGGCAAAGGUACAUUAAAGAGAAAGCAAGGAUUGAGGGAGUUCUUGGAUGAGCAGAAUGAAGGUUAUGAAGAUAAAUUAUUUGAAGGAUCGCCAUACUCGUCCAAAAAAACAACAUCCC